GGCGGGGCGGCUGAACGGAGCGGCGGACUCGUUUCCCAGCGUGCCCGCGGGAGGGGGUGGCAAUGGCGGGCAAGGAUGACACCCGGAGUUCGACGAAGAAGUGGUGUUUGAGAAUUCCCCACUCUACCAGUAUCUGCAGGACUUGGGACACACGGAUUUUGAAGUAUGCUCAUCAGCGUCGCAGAAGGCGGAGCAAUGUGCAGCAGCGGAAAAAGAAAAAGAGCGGACUGUGCGUGCCGCCCAGAAACAAGGCAUCCUGUCAAAACUAGCUGAAUUCUUUAGAAGCUGGUUUCCUUUUCCACAGUAUAAGAAAAACGAUGACAUACUUCACCGGCUGGAUGUUGGAUUUCGAGUUGACACGCUCCGUACCAUCCUGCAACAGGAAGUUCUGCUGCAGGAGGAUGUGGAACUGAUUGAGUUCCUUGACCCCAGUAUCCUGUCUGCGGGGCAGUGUAAGCAACAGGAAAACAGACAGCUUCCAACACUGCGCUCCCUAGCAACUCCUAAUAUUUGGGAUGUUUCGCUGUUUCUUGCCUUUGUAAGUGCACUGCUUAUGCUUCCUUCGUGGUGGAAGGAAUCAUCGUGGCUGCUGUGGGGACUAGUUCUGCUUGUCUAUGCAGUCUUUAGAGUAUGGGGCACAUGGAGGACAGCCAAGCUGCAAAUGUCCCUGCGAAAAUACUGUAUCCAGCUGGAAGAAACAGUGGCAAAUAGCCGAGCUUUUACUAAUCUCGUGAGGAAAGCUCUACGACUCAUUCAAGAGACUGAAGUAAUUUCCAGAGGAUUUACCCUUUUGCUUGACAGGGUCAGUGCUGCUUGCCCAUUUAAUAAAGCUGGACAGCAUCCUAGUCAGCACCUGAUUGGUCUCCGGAAGGCCGUGUAUCGAUCCGUCAGAGCCAACUUUCGGGCUUCAAGACUGGCCACUCUGUACAUGCUGAAAAACUACCCUCUGAACUCAGAGAGUGACAACGUGACCAGCUACAUCUGUGUAGUCCCCUUUAAGGAACUGGGUCUGGGACUGAGUGAAGAGCAGGUCUCAGAAGAGGAGGCACACAACCUAACCGAUGGCUUCAGCUUGCCUGCGCUCAAGGUCCUCUUUCAGCUCUGGGUAGGGCAGAGUUCAGAAUUCUUCAGGAGGCUGGUGCUGCUCCUCUCCCCAGCCAAUGCGUCCCCCAAGCCCUUGGUCUCCCCUGAACGGCUGCCUCAUCACAUCCUGUCCGAUGUGACUCAAGGCCUACCUCACACACACGCUGCCUGCUUGGAGGAGCUUAGGAGAAGCUACGAGUUUUAUCGGUACUUUGAAACUCAGCACCAGUCGGGUUUGGAAUGGCCACCCAGAACAAAGCAGAAGUCAAGGGAGCUGAACAGCCUUCAGACAGCAGUACGCAGCUUGCAGCUUCACCUCAAGGCGCUGCUCAAUGAGGUAAUAAUUCUUGAGGAUGAACUUGAAAAACUUGUUAGCACUAAGGAGACACCUGAGUUGACAACAGAAGCCCAUCAGGUUCUUGAACAAAAACUAAAGUUUAUUCAGCCUCAUAUCCAGGCAAGCAACAGCUGCUGGGAAGAAGCCAUUUCUCAGGUGGAAAAAAUGAGUGGAAGAAACACAAGUAAAAAAGGCAAAAUUGAAGUUUCCUGUGACAACCUACAGCGUACUACAGUACCUUUAACACAACCUGCCAUAUACAUAGAAAACAAAGAUCCAAUCCCUGAAGAGCAGGAAUUGGAAGCAUAUGUUGAUUAUUCAGAUACAGAUAAUGAAUACAAAAGAGAAGAUUUUUACUGCUUUUCCCAGGAAGAGAGAGAGAGACAAGAACGAGAGAGACAGGAAUCUAAAAGGGUGUUGCAAGAAUUGAAAUCUGUACUUGGAUUUAAAGCUUCAGAAAUAGAAAGACAGAAAUGGAAACAGCUGCUAUUCAGUGAACAUGCUGCAGUGAAACCCUUGCCUUCUGUAGAACCACUGAAGCUACUAAAUAAUUUGGAAUCACAUAUGAAUUCAGAUACAGAAAAGCAGGACUGCAGCCAAAGUGGUGAUAAAUCUGAAGAAAAAGACUCUAAUCCGCAAGUGACUGCUGCUGAUAAAAGCAGGACAGAAUAUUUGUAUGAAGAUCCUGAGACAGAGAAAAACAAAAACAGUACUGCAGAUGAAGGUGUUUCUACAGGGACUGAAGAAAGAAUGUGUUAUCAGAGUGAAGGGGAAGCUGAAGAACUCAAGCCGAGCAGUAUGGACGGAGUAGAGGUUUCACAGCCUCCCUCUAAGGAUGCAUUGCAUUCAAAAAUCAAGCAAAGGCUGGCCCAGCUCCACAUAUCAACAGAUUUAAACUUCACAUCUGGUCUGGCUGCACAAGUUGCUGCCAGGUCUUUCACUUUUACUACAAUGCAGGAAGAGACUUUUGGAGAUGAGGGAGAGGAGGAGGAAGAGAAGACAAAGGAGCAUGAAGACCUUGUGGAAGACUGUGAGAAUGAAGAUGGAGGCUCUGAAAGUGAAGGAAAAGUACAAGUCUGAGCUGAGCUUUGUUAAACCAACAGCAGGCAAUUUGAUGGAAAAAAAACUAAGGUGAGGUGUGAAGGUGAAAAUACUGGAUGGAAAAAAUAGGAGACCUAAAUAUAAUACAUCUUGUUCCCUAAGUCUGAUACACUGAAUAGGACUUCUAAGUAUAUUGAAAAUUUGCAGGUAAGAGAAGUUUAGGCUGCAUUCAAGAAAUAGAUGGCUGUUCCAUUUUUAAGGUCCUAGUGAUGGAGGUUGGAAUUGACCUUUGUGUUUUCUGUUUUAUUUAUUUAUUAUAAUGUAUUGUGGGUUUUUUAUUUCUAAAAUGAAGGAAAAACAAUGUCUUGAUUGACAACAGACUCCGGUUUUUGCUUUCUGAUUCUGUUGUCAUGGUAUCAGUGUUUGUUCCAGUAAAAAAAGCCAGGACGUUUCUUUUAGAAGAACCUGAACUGUUCCCUGUGAUCUUCCCCCACCACUUUUGUUUCACUUCUUGUAUCUGCAGCGUGUUGACUAAGCCACAGUAGACAUUUGUAAUUCUGCAGCUAGUGAUGUGGCACCCAAAUAAAAUGUAGAAUUUUAAAUAAAAA